AUGGUGCCCUACCGGAUAUAUCUGUUACUUUUGAUCUCCAUUAUCAAUUGUCUACCACAUUCUGCUAUUUUAGAGAAGAAAUACUGUAAAACUCCAGAAUGUAUACAGGCAGCGAGUUCGAUCCUGAACAAUAUGGACACCACAGUACGACCAUGUUCCAAUUUCUAUAAAUAUGCAUGUGGAGGAUGGGAGAUGAAAACACCGCUACCGUCAGGACAUCAUUUAUGGGAUCGCUUUCAACAACUGUCCGAAGAGAAUCUUUAUGUCUUGAAAAAUCUUAUAGAAAACCGUCCAAUGAAGGGUAAAGCCGAGGAAAAGGCGAAAGUAUUUUAUGACAGUUGUAUGAAGUCUCAUUCUGAUAGCCGGGAUCUUAUACGGGAACAGUUAAACACUUUAAUACAGAACAUAGGAGGAUGGUCCAUUACUGAUCCUGAAGAUACCACCAACGCUACCUGGGUAUUUACCGUCGCUCUGGAGAAAAUACACAAACUGGGAGCAUGGCCAUUAUUCCAAGUUAAAAUACAGAUUGACGAGACGCAUCCUACACAGAAACACAUCGCUAAGAUUGAUGUUGGCGAGAACAAACUACCCUCAGAUUUAUUCCCCACCCCUAGGACGGGCACUACACCCCUCCCCACCAAUACAACUGUUAAACCAACCAGUAUACCAGUGGAGACUAUAAUAGAGAAAGACAGAAAUGAGAUUAAGCAAGGUGUAAUAGAAGAAACAAAGCAUUUGUUAAUGUUUUUUGGUUUAGCAGAAAGAGAGGCGAGACAGAAGGCUGAAGAACUAUUGGUUUUAGAACAAUCAUUAGCAACUAUCAGUCCUAUGAAUGAACAUUCCCACGACCCGUCAGCUUUAUAUAAUGACAAAAUUCUUGAGAAGAUGGAGUCAGAAUAUCCUAUGGUUGAUUGGAUACAGUAUAUGAACAGUUUAGGUUUGACAGUUACUGGAGAUUCACAUGUAGUCGUUUUACAUCCACUUUAUUUAACCCAGUUAUCCCACUUAGUAGAAGAUUAUCUCUCAAAUACAACAACAACACAAACUUUACGAGAUUACAUGGUGCUGUCUCUAAUCCGUUCAUUGAAACCAUAUUUUGAUCCUCAAAUAUUUGACUUUGAGGACAAAGAAGAAGAAAGUUUAGUUAUUCAGUGGGAAAGAUGUGCCUUCUAUACAAAUAAAGCUUUAGGGUUUGCUACUGGUGCUAUUUAUGUUCAUGGUACAACACAAACAGAUAAUAUCCAUGAAAUGGAGAAAUUAAUAUCGUAUGUUAAAGAUUCAUUUAAAGAUUAUCUUCUGAGGAAAUUUUGGAUGGAUGAAGUCACAAAAGAUAAAGCAUCGAAAAAGAUAGAUGAUAUUAUAGAAAAAAUAAGUUAUCCAUCUUUCAUCUUAAACUCAACAUUCUUAGAGUCGUAUUAUAGAAAAUUUAUUACAGUGAGUGAUGACUGGUUUAAAAAUGUCGUCCACUGGAGAGAAUUUGAGUUGGGGAAGAUGAAUGAUCUGUUAAAACAAAAACCAGAUAGAGAAAAUAGUUGGGGAAUUCGUCCACCAGUGACGGUGAAUGCUUUUUAUUCACCAAUAAAAAAUGAUGUUAUAUUUCCCAUGGCCAUGUUCCAUCUUCCAUUUUAUAUUGCUGGUGGACCUUUGGCUAUGAAUUUUGGUGCUAUGGGGUCCGUAGUGGGUCAUGAAAUUGCUCAUGCUUUUGAUGUUCAAGGGCGAAAGCAUGAUAGCGAAGGUAGAUUAUCUGAUUGGUGGGAACCUCAAACCGCACAGAAAUUCCACGUGACAACUCAAUGUAUGAGAGAUCAGUAUAGCAAAAUACAGGUUGGAGAAUAUAAGGUGAACGGAAAUUUAACAUUAGAUGAGAAUAUUGCUGAUAAUGCAGGUUUAAGGGCAGCAAAUUUUGCAUACCAAAAUUGGCAAGAAGAGAAUGGCGAGGAGCUCCUGCUACCAGGAUUAAACCUCACCAAUUAUCAAGUUUUCUUUGUCAGUUAUGCUCAGAUGUAUUGUGCUAAAUGGGAUCAACUUGGCUUAUUGAAUCAUAUUUUAACCGAAAAACACAGCCCUGGUAUAGCAAGAGUAAACGGUGCUUUAACGAACUCCAGGUCUUUCGCCUGGGCAUUUGACUGUCCAUAUUCUAGUAACAUGAAUUCUCGUGUUAAAUGUGAGGUUUGGUGAGACCGGAAGUUACUGUGACGUGUGUGAUUUGUGAAUAAGUGAUAAUUACCUAACUGAUCAUGUGAUUGUGAAUAUGAAUUUUGAUUGGAUCUCAUUAAACUAUGGUUGUGUUGUGUUUGAAUGAAAUUUAACUAACUGUACAUGUAUAUUGGAUGUGACAUCUUAACUUUAUGUCGUUGUUAACAAGGCAAGAAUUGUGUUGGAGAUGGUGUUUCAGUAUUUCUGACAUAAUUAUGUGAUACUUAUAG